ACAUAUAGUUACUUUACAAUUCUCUACGUUUCUAUAUAAUCUAAUCGCAAAACUAAGCGUGAAAUGAAAGAUACAGUUCUAUUCAUUGAGAAUUCAAUGCAGUCCAACUUAGUUUUGCAUCGAUGGUGGUUUUCAAUCAAACUUUCGAUUCUACCCACGUUUAUUCCAUGUUACUAUUGUUUUACAUGUCGUGCAAAUUUCAUUAUUUCUUUCUGUGUGACAAAUAUGCUGAUCAUGUUAGUAGAUGAUUGCAAAACACUAUGGCAAUAGCGGAGUACUCCGUUACGGACUCAGUGGCCAAGAGACACUGAAAACUAACUUUCAAUGAUUUAUCAGAUAUGACUGAAUUGCACACUUCAAAGGAUCUUAUAACUCCAGUUACAGUUCCAGAAUUAUGGGGCAAUGAAUGUUAAACAUAUCUUAUCAUCGAAAAGUCUAUGACGUAAAAAAGUUAUGAAAUUUGCAACACUUGCCUUGACUUGAUUUGAGUAAUACGGUAAGUAAUACGGUUCAUCCCACCACUUUACAGUCUUCUGUUAGAAGAGGAAGAAGGAAGGAAUAGUGCAAAGUUUAAGCAUUAACGGGUUCUACCUGUUAUUUGUUGAUGCACAUAAUAAUUAAUAUUUCUAACUGCGUUCAUAAUAGCAAUCUACUCUGUUGCACAAUUUGUUAUGCUGAAACAAAACUCGUCCGAAUUGUUCGUAAUGAAUCGUUUCCUCCAGAAAAUGGUCAAAACUAGUUUACGCAAUGUACAGGUAAUAAAUAAGUUUGCCAUUUCAGUUCCAGUGCCCUCAGUUCAAUUCAAACAUUCUUUCGUUCAACUUGUAUGAUUCAAAAUGUUGCUCAAGUCAUUGGUGAUCACCGUUUUCCUGAGUUACCUGUGUACGUUCCACUUCUCACAAGCAUGGAUUAUUACUCGAGCCAUAGAUGCUCAAAAGGCUCUUAUCGAACGUGAGGAAGCUCUUUUGGAACAAGCCAAAGUUGCAGUCAAAGACAGAACAGAUAGCGCUUUAAAUACUGUCAAAGAAGGCUUGAUGAAUGUUGGUGAACAAAUACUCUAUUAUGUUUCAUUUCCUGUACGCCUAGGCGAUCAAGUUAGGCAAGGAUCAAGAGGAAUGAUAAACAAUGCGCGAAGCAUGUUGCAGCAGUACAUAGUUACUAGCCUGGCACCGAGAUUUACAGAGACUGGCCGAAGUCUGAACGAUACAAGUAACAUGCCUCUUCUGAGGAUAAAUGAAUCUCCAGAGGAAUCUUCUGAUAGUCUAACGACAGAUAAUAUUUCUACGAAUGUGCCUUCGGAUGGAUCUCUUCAUGAAAUCACUUCUAAUGAUGCGGAAACAGUAUGA